CCCCGGGGGUACGCAAGUCACCGUCUGGCCCCGUUGAUCACGUCUUCUAUCGGUCCUAGUCCCUGCCCACCAGCCGCCUCUCCCUCCCAUAACUAGUAACUGCUGAUCCUCAGGCCCGCCUGGUUCGCUGCUCGCACUAAUUCUCCGCACCCGCUGUGCACACACCCUCACACACUCAAGUACCCCGACGCUGUCCCCUCUCGACCACACGACCACGCGACCUUCUUCCUUUGCUGCUGCUGCUGCUGCUGCCAGGCCUCUCUGUUCACACUACCCGUAUCGCUGGCGCUGCUGCAUGCGACAAGCCGCGGUCGCCUGCGCCGCUGUAUCGCUUACUUCCGCAUUUCCGUUCGCUGGACGCCCAAGCAGCCACCAUGUCUGACAUCGACAAGUCGUUUGCUUUUCUCCAGGACAACAUCCCACAAUGGCUGCACCAGAUCACGACCGCCGAGGACAGGGUGACGGCAAUGCAAGACGAAAUCACAAAAGUACACAUAUCACAGUCGCCCUUCGCAAAGCAGAAAUCAGAUUCGACCGCUUCCAUACGCCCAGGCAAACUCGACGCCAUCGCAGAAGACGCCAUGCCCUCGACUGCCACGCCCGCCGAUCCUAUUGUCAGCCGGAAACGCAAGUCUCUCUCCGUUUCCUCGGACCAGGAACCCGACUCCGCUCGCCACCGCUCUUGGGUCAUGGUUGUCACCAGCUAUGAUGGGGACAUGCAAAAGUCUUUUGAAUUACUGGUUCGCGCUUUCGGAACAGGGCGCAACCUGCUGCGAAAGGCCAAGAUGGAAGCCAGGAUGAACGACAUGGCCUCCAUGGCAUCCUCCAGCGACGAAGAAGACGAUGAUGAUGACGAAGAAGAUGAAAUCAGCCCGGCCAAAGUAAAUUACAAAGCACGCAUGUCAGCACUGCGGGCACGAUCGGCAGCAAGACGAAGUGGCCGGUUAGGUGUCAGUAGCGGUGUAGAGACACCAGCAGAACUAUUCGACUCGACAGACAAGAUACUCGAACAAGCACAAGAACUAUGCGAAAAGGCAGCGCAUCUCACCCUGCGCGACGGCGACUGCAGAAAAGAAUUAGCGACAAUACGGAAAAGCCUCGAGACCCUGUUGGAGACUGCCAAGACCGAAGUCGACAAAUGCAACGCGCGCAAGUCGCAAGACCCACCAGAGUUGCAAGCACAUGAAACCUCGGAUACCUCCAUGUCGUCGCUGGAACCCGAGGCGGUCUAUCGGAAAGACGUACACUCGCUGCCGGUAUCCGACCAACACUCCAAGCCCGCCGGCACAAGAGAAACCGCCGUCUCGAAACCACUAAACACUCUCAACAUCGAGGCCGACGACAAUGAUGAUUCCGACGAGGAUUUUGUCUUACCCCCAAUCAGGCUCACAUCCCGCUUUAACCGAUGAGACACAUGUUUUCCCACAUUUCUCUCUCUUACACAUACAGUCGUUAUCUCUCCAGUGCGUUCAAGCGAGUCACAUUUCAUUCAUGUCUUUUCUUUUUUCCUUACUAUUCCCAUCUGGCGUUCACUAGGGAAGAUUAUGUGUGCUCGAAAGGAGGAGUGGAAAUUCCCAAAACAACAAGCAAACUUCUUUUCUUUUCUUUCUCUGCAUCAUGUUGGAAAUGAAGAUUAGGGAAGGUGGGAAGCAGGCAUAAACAUAUUAUAUCCACGGCGUUUCCGAGCUUAUACAGCGCGCCUUUUUUUUAGCGAGUUUAGCUAAAUAUCCGGCAUUUCGGUUUCAACUACUGAGACUGCAUGAAUGACCAUUGUCAUGUGCAAUUUUAUUGGUAUUCAUCAA